AUGGCCUGUGUUGCUUUAUCUUCGUUGAUGCGAACAAUAGAGUUGGACUUGCUGAACCCGGGACGAAGUGCCAUAGUUGAGGAUGAAGAACAGGUGAAACAUCUCUACCAAAGUCUUGGCUUUUUGGAAGAAUUCUUGGACAAGUCCAAGGAUAACGUUGCGGUCAAAAAUUUGGAACCUAAAAUCAAAGAUUUAGUGUUCCAAAUAGAAGACAGAAUCGAAAAGGAACUUGAAACAAUAUACGGAGAAACAUACAGUGAGCCCCAACGACAAGAAGCUCAGAGAAGACUCCCCUCGACCUUAUUAAAACAAGGAAUAAGGGACACUGAAGAUUUGAUGGUCGAGAUUAGGAAGAUACUGAACAGCCCUGUCCAAGAUUUUCCAAGUGCAGAGCCUCAAGCUUCGUGUGGUGGGUCAUCAGAACACGCCGCAGCUUCAGUCGUUAUGGAAGGACGUGGUCAGAUAUUUGAAGAGAUAAGGGACCAACUCAUCCGCAGCGGCUCAUCAGGACGAGAAGUAAUUUCCAUUGUCGGGAUGGGAGGUAUUGGGAAGACAACUUUAACAAGAAGGUUGUAUGAAGAUCCAUUGGUUUUGUCACAUUUUGACAUUCUUGGGUGGACUGUUGUUUCCGAAAAACAUGAUGUGAGGAGGAUGUUACUUGACCUCCUUAACAAUAAAGCAGCAAAGAGUGAUGAAGUAACAGAUGGUGAAAUGGCAGAAAAACUAAAGAAAUGUUUGAGCGGCAAGAGGUAUCUAAUUGUUUUGGAUGACAUAUGGAGCACUCGUUCUUGGGAAGGUAUCCAGUUGUGUUUUCCAGAUGACAACUGUGGGAGUCGAAUAUUGUUGACCACUCGACACAAAGAGGUUGCUGAUUCUGCAGAUUCAUCAGGUAACCGUCUUCAUACCUUGGGUUUUCUAAAUAAAGAAGAAAGUUGGGAUUUAUUUUGCAAAAGCUUUCCUGGAAUACAAAGUUUGCCAUUUGAACUUGAAACAAUCGGGAGGAAGGUUGUUGAUAAAUGCCACGGGUUACCACUGGCAAUUGUUGUAGUUGCAGGAGUGUUUCCAAAACUCAACAAAACUGUUGAGGAAUGGCAAAAUUUUGAAAAGCAAACAAAUUCACUAGUUGUAACUACAGAUCUUAGUGAGCAGUGUUCAAGAAUACUCACCCUGAGUUACAACUACUUGCCACUGCAUUUAAAAGCUUGCUUUUUAUAUUUGAGCACCAUCCAAGAAGAUGAAGAAAUUAUAGUUAAAAGACUUAUAAGGUUAUGGAUUGCCGAGGGAUUUGUGGAGUUAAUAAACAGUGAGAACUUGGAAGAGGUGGCUCAUGGGUAUCUACAAGAUCUUGCUGAUAGAAGCUUAAUCCAAAUUCAGAAGCGGCGCUUCAGUGGCAAAAUCAAGACGUGUAGGAUGCACGACAUAGUACAUGACUUUUGUGUGAGGGAGGCAAUAAAAGAGAAGCUGCUGAAUGUUGAUAACAAACAACAUCCCUCCUGCGGCGAACUGCAACAAGAAGGAUGUCGUUGGUUAAAUUUCUGGCCAAAGAAGAUCUUACAACGUGAUGGUCUCCGAGAGUUAAAUAAUAUGUAUGUACCUCGCUCCAUUUUGUAUUUGCAGCAUACAAGUUAUGCAUCAUCAUCAAAAGUUAUUGAGCCAGAUGAUGACCUAAGAUGGGGAGAAGCUGCAAACGCUUUAUUGGUUGAGUCAGCAGCAUUGCACAGAGGAAGUGUUUUCCAGGAUUCCAAAUGUAAGAAAUUUGGGAAUUUUCUGUCAAUCCGAAAGUGA